GCUUACAACUCAAGUGUUCACCGGGAAAACAUAAUAAGAAAUUUGCUUUGAGAAUGAAUCUGAAAAGUAAAAGAAUGGAGCCAUAUAACAGAUCCUAGAAUGGGAAAAAAAAUUUGAUGAGUGGCAACUACAGCUAUAAACUGUGACACAUAUGUUUUAUCAUUGGGAUUGUUUUGCUUUUCACAAUGUGCGAGGAAUGGAUGAGGGAUGGAUUCCAGUUUAUUUUCGCCAUGGAUACAAGGACUGGCAAGUUAUCAGCAUGAAUUACUGAGGACAAAAAAAACAACUUGAUCUCAAUGUUAAAUUCAAAUUUGGAGGACUGACCAUGGUGAAAAGAACGGGACUGUUAUUUUCACUGGUGUAUUUUAUGGGGGAGCUUUGGCUCACUUCGCAGCAAGUCCUGAGAAUUGGGGGCAUCUUUGAGACCCUUGAAAAUGAACCAAUUAGCGUUGAAGAACUGGCCUUUAAAUUUGCUGUAACUAACAUAAACAGGAACCGGACCUUAAUGCCAAACACCACGCUGACCUACGACAUCCAGAGAAUAAAUCUAUUCGACAGUUUUGAAGCCUCCAGAAGAGCAUGUGACCAGUUGGCUCUGGGAGUUGGCGCUGUGUUUGGUCCAUCUCACAGCUCAUCUGUCAGUGCUGUUCAGUCUAUCUGCAACGCACUGGAAGUCCCUCACAUCCAGACCCGAUGGAAACACCCCUCAGUGGACAACAAAGAUAGCUUCUACAUUAACCUCCACCCUGAAUACGCCUCCAUCAGCAGAGCUGUGUUAGACAUAGUGCAGUUCUACAAGUGGAAAGCAGUCACUGUGGUCUAUGAGGAUGCGACUGGUCUGAUUCGUUUGCAAGAGUUGAUCAAAGCUCCAUCCAGAUAUACAAUCAAAAUCAAGAUCCGGCAGCUGCCAUCAGGAAGCAAAGAUGCCCGACCCCUGCUGAAAGAAAUGAAGAAGGGGAAGGAGUUCUUUGUCAUCUUUGACUGCUCUUACCAAACAUCAGCUGACGUCCUAAAGCAGAUCCUGUCUAUGGGAAUGAUGACUGAAUAUUAUCACUACUUCUUCACCACAUUGGACCUGUUCGCUCUUGACCUGGAGCCUUACCGCUACAGUGGGGUCAACAUGACGGGAUUUAGGUUGCUAAACGUGGACAAUCCUAGAGUGGCUUCGGUGUUGGAGAGGUGGGCCAUGGAGCGACUGCAGGCUCCCUCCAAAGUCGAGACUGGAAUGAUGGAAGGAAUGAUGACUACGGAGGCGGCUCUGAUGUAUGAUGCUGUUUACAUGGUGGCUGCUGCCUCACAACGCACCUCACAGAUCACCGUCAGCUCCCUGCAGUGCCACCGACACAAACCCUGGCGCUUCGGAUCGCGCUUCAUGAACCUGCUGAAGGACACACAAUGGGACGGUUUGACAGGACAAAUCGCCAUUAACAAGACAGAAGGUCUGCGCAAAGAAUUUGAUUUAGAUGUGAUCAGCCUAAAGGAAGAUGGCUUGGAGAAGUCAAUGACGGGCAGCCGCCUGCAUAAAGUGUGGAAAAAGAUUGGUAUCUGGAACUCCCAGACAGGCCUUAAUUUAACAGAAACCAACAGGGACUCCUCCACAAAUGUCACAGAUUCGAUGGCCAACAGGACCCUCAUUGUCACUACUAUUCUGGAAAAUCCUUAUGUCAUGUAUAAAAAAUCAGACAAGCCACUAUAUGGGAAUGACCGCUUUGAAGGUUACUGCCUUGACCUACUCAAAGAGCUCUCAAACAUUUUGGGCUUCUCCUAUGAGGUAAAACUGGUGUCAGAUGGAAAAUACGGAGCACAGAAUGACAAGGGAGAGUGGAACGGCAUGGUGCGUGAACUUAUUGAUCAUGUGGCUGACCUCGCUGUGGCCCCUCUCACCAUUACCUACGUCAGGGAAAAGGUGAUAGACUUCUCCAAGCCCUUCAUGACAUUAGGAAUCAGCAUCCUCUACCACAAACCAAAUGGCACAAAUCCUGGAGUGUUUUCCUUUCUCAACCCACUCUCUCCUGAUAUCUGGAUGUAUGUGUUACUGGCAUGCCUCGGAGUCAGCUGUGUGCUGUUUGUCAUCGCCAGGUUCACUCCUUAUGAAUGGUACAACCCUCACCCCUGCAAUCCAGACUCAGAUGUGGUUGAAAACAACUUUACCCUAAUCAACAGUGUCUGGUUUGGAGUUGGAGCACUUAUGCAGCAAGGGUCUGAAUUAAUGCCUAAGGCUCUUUCAACAAGGAUAGUAGGAGGAAUAUGGUGGUUCUUCACACUGAUCAUAAUCUCCUCAUACACUGCCAAUCUGGCUGCGUUCCUCACUGUGGAGAGAAUGGACUCACCGAUUGACUCUGCAGAUGACUUGGCCAAGCAAACAAAGAUAGAGUAUGGUGCAGUGCGAGAUGGGUCCACCAUGACCUUUUUCAAGAAAUCUAAGAUCUCAACUUAUGAGAAAAUGUGGGCAUUUAUGAGCAGCCGGAAAAACACAGCUUUGGUGAAAAACAACCGGGAAGGGAUUCAGCGGGUCCUCACCACAGACUAUGCUCUUCUGAUGGAGUCUACCAGCAUCGAGUAUAUCAGCCAGCGCAACUGCAACCUCACGCAAAUUGGAGGCUUGAUAGAUUCUAAGGGCUACGGUGUGGGAACUCCAAUUGGCUCCCCUUACCGGGAUAAGGUCACCAUCGCCAUCUUGCAGCUUCAGGAAGAAGGAAAGUUGCAUAUGAUGAAGGAGAAAUGGUGGAGAGGGAAUGGGUGUCCAGAGGAGGACAGCAAAGAGGCCAGUGCUUUGGGUGUGGAGAACAUAGGAGGAAUCUUUAUAGUGUUGGCAGCCGGACUAGUCCUCUCAGUUUUUGUUGCAAUUGGAGAAUUUAUUUACAAAUCCAGAAAAAACUUGGACAUUGAGGAGGUGAGUGUUGGCCAGUGUGAGUGGCACAACAAAUAUUAACAUAAUAUGGGACUCAAAGACUUUAAUGCACCUGCUAUAACUUUGUGUUAUCAUAUUCUUUUGCAGGACUUUGGUUAUAAGAAAGCCAAUAAUAAAAAAUAUAAGUCCAAUUAAACCUAGACUUAAAAACUGCAUUGCUACAAUCAAAGAAUAUGUUUUUAACAAUGUUUUAGUAGUUUUUAACGUAGCGAACACAAAGAUGUUAGUCUUGAUUGAAAGUUUUUAUUAGAAUCCCUUUAUCUGAAAACAAAUCAUAUGAGUUGUGUUACUUGACUAUCUGGGCUGGCCAUAUUUUUUGGAAUGCAAUGUAACAUUGUUCUGCAUGUCAGAAGCAUUAUUGUUAUGCUGUCACAUUUCGUCUGAAGUGAGAGGCUUGAGAACAUUUUAUUUCUGCCAUAGUAGCUUCAAAUAUUGUGUGUUUGGGAGGAUUUAAAUCUUAGCGCAUCAUUGCACAGAAAUGAACUUAUUCGUUGACUGUUGUUUUCAAACUGUUUAUGAAUGAUUGUUCAGUGAAAUACUUGUUCAUGAAGUUGGUUUACAUUUUUUUGUCUAAUAUGAAGUUUAUGAACAUGCCUAUUCAAGAUUUGUUGUGUUGAAAUUGAUUUGGGAUGACUAAAGUUGUAUGAGAACGUUACACCUUUUAAUAUUCGACUUUUUUUGUUUCAUUUUUUACGAAUAAGAGGUAUUAAUACAAAACUCUAAUAGGUAUGUAUGUGUGUUGGAUACUCAUCUUGUUGAAUGCUCAAAUGACAAGCUAUUUUCAUAUUGCUGGCAAAAUACACCAGAUUUGCAUUCAAAAUGUCCUGGUGUUUCAAAGAAUCCUUGAUCCUACACACUCUAACAACAUUCACUGGGUCUUUGGAAGAGAAACAAACAAACCAACAACAUCACAGAUCUGUCACUGCACUUAUCAGAUAAUUUCUCAAAUAUUCCACCUUUGCUUUACAACAGAUUUAGUUUCAGGAAAGCUUAAUAUUAAAUAGUAAUCACUUCAGACAUUAUCCAGAAAUUAAUGGGAAAGUAAUCUGUAUGUUUUCAUAAAACCUGGAAUUCUCAAAAAACAAAACAAAAAAAAAACAACAACAACAGAGGAUCUAAACAGUUUCCCUGAAAGUUGCUGGUGAUUUGGGGGAAGGAAAAGAAAAGGGGAAAAAUCAACUCCUUGUGGUGUUGGAUAGAACUAAAGCAGGUCAGAGAAAAACAAAUGAACCCAGUUUUCCAGCUAGGGAAAUCUGAAAUGUUUGCAAAUGUUUUGUGGUGCAUUGUCAAACUUGUGAUUAAAAGAAUGCUGCCAUUUAGAAAUACAUUAGACAUUUAACCUUAUUUUCAACCUGUCACCUUUAAUCCAUCUGAAAAUUUCCUGUGUUAAGUCAGUCUGUUAGGAAGGUAACCUACAUUUUUUUCAUUGCUUAAAUAGUUUUUAAAGCAUGAAAAUACAGAGAUUUGUGUGAAAAAAAUAAUACUACUCUCAGGAUCUUGGUAAUCAAGAUACAUCAGGCAUAGGCAUGAAGAGAAGACAAAUUCCAUCCAAUGGGCAAUCAGAAUAUUAAUUCAUAACACCUGAAACAUUAUAGGCAACCAAAUAAUGUGUUCAAGCUUUUCUUUGCAAUCAUAACAUUGGACAGAUGAAAGUUUUGCUGCUGAUUCCAAUUUAAUAUAAUCUGUAGCUCUUAGUUCAAUGAGCAGAAUUGGCAGUAAGCAUCUUGACUCCCCCAAAUGAAUGAAAUAUCCUGAUCAAGAAUAAACCUGGUUUUAGAACUGCUGUACUGUUUCUACCAGUUUUUGAAGAUUUCUGUUUGCAUUAACUGGCAAUUAAUUGCCAGCUAAUGCAAACAAAAAUCCGGCAUAGGCAUAAAGAGCAGUCAACUUUUUCCAGCUGAAUACAAAAUAUUUGUGUAUGUUACAUUUGGAAAGGAAAUAACAAUAAGGCGACAUUUUCUUCUGUGGAAACAUAAAACCAUCAAGUUAUUUUCGAAUCAAGAAAAAACAACAACAAAAAAAACAUUAUCUGUAUGGCUUCUUGCGUUUCCCCAAAAACUUUUGAAACUUUGUCAUGUUAAAUAAUCUCAACUCCUGCAAUCACUUCUAAGAAAUGCUUCACUUAUAUUCUCUUUAAUUUGUUCAUGUAGUGUUCACAGUGUAACCGGGAUGAUUGUCAUGUCUAAACACCAACUAGAGUGUAAUUUGUCACACUUCAAGCAGCUGUUAAUCUGACUGUUGCAUAUCAGGCUUCUAGCUAACUAGGGUCAGCAUGUCCCCUGCUUUCUCUCAUUUCUCUUUGAGAUUACAGUAUUAUGGACCUCAUUUAUAUAAUCUUGUGAAUGGGGCACAGCCCCACCAUCAAACUUAAGUUCAAAGUCACUUCGGUAU